UGCUAUAUGCACAAAGAUCUAAAUACAGUGAAGGGAGGAGACAAGGCAAUCAGUGAAUUUUGGAAAUCAAAAGGACUUAUGCUGCUAACUCUCCUUGCAAAUAAGAAUAAUGCAGCUGUUCUUGUCUCGACAUCUGUUGGAGGAGAGCACACAGCUGCUGAAAUUCACAUGGAAAAAGUUUCUGGCCAUGGUGAUAUCAAGACAAUGAUGCUUGGUGGCCUUCUUUUCCAUCACAAAGAUGACAAGAAGGGCCAGCAGGACACAUUCUUGUGGUUCUUCAGGUAG